ACAUCCUGUUUCAGAGUCUUUCUCUGCAAGUCUUGAAAUGCAAUAUAUUCAGUAUUUUCUAUUUGAUGUUUUUUGUUGAUGAAAAUAUGAAAAAAUUAAGCAGGAUUUUCUUUUAAACAUAAAACUGUGUUUAUAAGCAGGUCAUGUUUGUCAGUUUUUAAAUGUUGUUUCUUCAUCAAACUCGCUCACUUUUUGCAUUAUGUGGAGUAAUUUUUUGGGGAUCAUACAGGGUUUUUUCUGCUUGUAUUUACUGCUUAUGAAUGGUGUGUUUGGUGUUGAUGGAGAUGAAGUGAAGUCAGUGUCAGUGAUGGAGGGAGAUUCUGUUACUCUACACACUGAUAUUACUGAAAUACAGAGAGAUGAUCAGAUACUGUGGAUGUUUGGACCUCGAGAGACUCGUAUAGCUGAAAUCAUUAAAAGGGCUAAUUUGAGCUUUAUAGAUGAUAAUGAUGGCAGAUUUAAGGGCACACUGAAGCUGGACACUCAGACUGGAUCUCUCACCAUCACAAACAUCACAAUCACACACACUGGACUUUAUAAACUACAGAUCAUCAGUAACAGAGGAACUUCAUACAAGAGAUUUAAUGUUACUGUCUAUGCUCUUCUGCCCGUUCCUGUCAUCAUCAGAAACUCUUCAGACUGUUCAUCAUCAUCAGAAAGAUCAUCAAGCUCAAAAUGUGUGUUGUCAUGUUCAGUGUUAAAUGUGAGAGAUGUGAGUCUGUCCUGGUAUAAAGGAAACAGUUUAUUGUCCAGCAUCAGUGUGUCUGAUCUCAACAUCAGACUCUCUUUACCUCUUGAGGUGGAUUGUCAAGAUACAAACACAUACAGAUGUGUGGUUAGCAAUCCUAUAAGACACCAAACACAACAUCUCAACAUCAAUCAUCUCUGUCAGCCGUGUUCAGGCCACACCCCCUGUUGCAGUUUAACAGAAACUGUGAGCCGAUUGGUCAUCGCUGCUAUGGUGGGCGUGACUGCUGUGACUGUAGUGGUUUAUGAACUGAGAUCAUAGACAUCAGAGGACACCAGAGGGCGAUAGUAAUAUCUGUUUAUGAACACCUAAAGUGGUUUUAUGUGAUGUGUAUUUUGUGACAUUUGUGAAUUUCAAAUAAAGUUAAAGGGGUCAUAUCGUGAAAAUGUUAGCAUUGCCACUUUGUAGGUUUGAGCAAAAAUGUGUCGUUUUGGGUGUGUCUUUUAAAAUGCAAAUGAGCUGAUGAAGUGCAAACACUGAUCACAAUGAUGGUGGUUUGAUGCAAUUCAAACUCAAUUGUGCUGUGAAUUAUUUUUUCUCUCUUUCUUUCUCUCUGCACAAAUGGCAGUGCUGUGGUUGGAUAGUGCACAUUAAGGGGGCGGUAUUAUUCUAAUAAGAUAUCCUUAUGACAUCAUAAGGAAAGCCAAAUUUCAAUGACCUGUUUUUGCUCACACCUACAAAGUGGCAAUGCUAACAUUUUCACGAUAUGACCCC